ACCAAAAAAAGUUGUGGAUAAAAAUACUCAAACUGAUAUAACAUUUUUGGAAAAAUUAAUCGUUGAACAUAUUAAUCCUGACACUUUAACAAAAAACAAUCAAAAGGAACUUUCUAAACAAGUCGAAGAUAACAAUGCAGAAAUAAAUCCUAAUUUAGUACCAUUAACACCAAUUGUAGGUACACUGUACGAAGCAAUGGCACCUGAUGUUUGUGUUCCACCUGAUUUAACUCAGAAGGAUAAUAAAAUAAUUAUAGGAAAACAUCCACCAAAAUCUACUAACGUCAACAAGACAUCCAAUGUCAUGAUUUUAUCAAAUGAAAAGAUUUCUCCAUCCGAAAAAAUGAGCAAUAAAAGUAAAAAUCCUGAGGUUACAAAUCAUGAUAAUCAGAAAACUAUUGAUCAGAACGAUUUGGUAUCAGACGAUGAGAUGACUAGAACUAUUGUAGAUAACAAUGUUUUAAAAGAUAUAUAUCAUACUAGUCAGAAUUAUAAGACUUUCGUUAAUAAAAUAUUUUUGACAAUAGGUAAGCUAUUUAAAGCAGGAACUAUUGGUAACAAUACUGAGAAGUUAAGCAAAGUUUCAGAUAUUUUUGAUAAUAUUGUCAACUUGUUUAUAAGCGAAAAUGAUUCCAAUGUUGAAAAACGCGACCAAGAAACAAACACUGACAGUCGUCCUGAACAGACAAAUAUUCAAGUAGCGUCAAAAACAAAUGCAGAAAUCGAUAUGCAAUUACAAACAAUGAAACAGGAAAGAAAAGACGAUGAAGAGAAUGAGGAGGUUGCAGCUGAACUCCCAGAAAUUAUCACAAGAGCGGAAAAAGAACCUACACCAGAAAAGCAAAUUGAAAUACCUCGAACCGAAGCAGUCGCUCAACCUAAAAAACCUCAGCCACCAACAGAAACCAGCAACAGUUACAAUUACGACCAGUAUCAUAAUUUAUACAUGGCACAAAACCAACCAACAGCAAAUACCAACGGUUCAAAUUUGGCACAAAAUACAAGACCGCCCUGUCCUCCUCCAGCUCCGGUGCAAAAUAUACCGCCAGGUCUGCCUUACUCUAAUCAAAGUUAUUACGCAAACCAAGAAGCUGUAAAUAAAAGUCACCGCUACCCUUCCAAGAGGCCUUAUAGCGGACAUGGCAGCCCGUAUCAAAGGUAUCCUCAACAGGGUAAUCAGGUACCAAAUCAGCAGCCCCUUCACAACCAGCAGUCGUUUUACCCGCAGUACCUUCACCAACAAAAUUUGCAAAUGCAAGGCCAAAUGUUUUCGCAAAAUACUCCAUAUCAUUAAUCGGUAAUAACGAUGGCAUAAUCGAAUUUUAAGUUCGUUCAAUCGUUAAUUUAUUUUAAUAGUUAAAAGUGACCUUGAAAUAUUUGUGUCUUUUGCGCUUUAAGACA